AUGCGCUUCAUCCAUCGCCUCUUGGCGCUCCUCAUCGCCCUAGCCCACGCAUUCUCAUCCGCAGCGGAAGAGACCUUCACGCCGCAGGCCGCAGCCCCUUCUCUCCUUCGUGGUGUCAACCUCGGUGGCUGGCUCGUUCUUGAGCCGUUUCUCACACCGGAGCUAUUUAAAGGCACGAGCGCGGUCGACCAGUGGACUUUUGAUAGCCAAGCCGGAUCCGAGGAAGCUCUGCGUCAGCACUGGGAGACAUACUGCACCGAGAACGAUAUCAAGAAACUCGCUUCCUACGGAGUCAACGCGCUUCGCAUUGGUAUCGGCUUCUGGGCGUACGACAAUGCGGGUACUCCAUACAAAUCCGGUGCUGACACUUAUCUGGACAAGGCGAUUCAGUGGGCAAAGAACGCUGGACUCGUGGUGGUGGUUGAGCUUCAUGGAGCUCCUGGAUCCCAGAAUGGAGAUGCUAGUUCAGGACACGUGGGAUCGGUCGAGUGGCAGACCAGCAAUGGAAACCUUGAGCGUACAACUAAAGUCUUGACGACCAUAGCACAGAAGUACGCGACGAAAGGACUUGCGAAUACAGUGGUCGCCAUAGAACUCGUCAACGAACCAACAAACAACCCGCCGAACACCCUUACGAUUACAAAGAACUGGACGGAGACGGCUUACGAUGCUGUACGCAAUGCAGCAGGCAACAAGGACUUACGCAUUGCCAUGCAUGAUCAGUGGACUACUCCCAAGUCUUGGCUUGACGUGCAUAAAGUGUUGAAUGGCAAAAAUCCCAACUCUUUCGUGCUGGACGUCCACCAGUACCAGAUCUUCACCAACGAGGAUAGGAGUCUCGAUCAACCCGGUCAUAUCCAGAAGGUUUGCACGUUUGCGUCGGAGCAGCUUGCCUUUGCAAAAAGCAACGGCCUGCCUAUUCAUAUCGGGGAGUUCAGUGGGAACACGUUCAUCUGCGUUAAUCCGGAUGGAACCACGUUUGCUGAUGCUGCAGGGACAGGAAAGGCCUGCAAAGUCGACGGCUGUCAGUGUGAAACCGACGGAGGCAUAAAGGUAGAUGAGUGGAGCGAAGCGCUCACACAGCAGGUCCGUCGCUACGUCGAGGCUCAGCUGUACAUGUAUGAGAAGUAUGCUGGAGGAUGGUUCUUUUGGAACUUCAAGGGCCCUGGUUCUUGGGGUUUCAUUGAGGGCGUUGAGAAGGGCUUCAUCCCUCAUCCGGUCACCGACAGACGCUAUCCAAACCCAUGCCCCUAG